UAAGCUGGCCACCCAAGAUUCUUACAACAAUUUUAAUUUGGUAAAAAAAAUUUUAUGGAAGAAAACGGAACUGGCAAACAUGAUCUAUGUGAUCAUCCCCUUCAACCCAACGGCCUGACGAAAGACAAUACAAUUGGGGAUGCUUUGAGGCGAGAAUCUUUGAAUAUGGAACAGGAAUUACGAGUUGCUUCCAUUGUUGAAGGCAGGCUCCCUGGUAAGGACAAAGAUUCAAGACCAAAACAAGGCCCCCAGCGGCCCCUUUUGUUUAGUGCAAAGGAACUAAGUUCCUGCAUCAUAGCCUCAGAAAGUACCCGUAUCAUCUGUUCUGUUUCAAUAGCUCUAUUAGUGGUUCUAUCUUUCAUUGAUUAUCCUUUACUUGGAGUCAACAUUGUAAACUCAAAAAGCAUCAUUGCUUUAAGGCCGCUAUACUUGCUGUUAGUGACAGAAAUCACUGUCAUAAUUGCAUACCUUACUUUCAAAAGACGAAGAUAUGAAGCCUCUGAAGAAGAUGCAGGGGUUUCGAAGGGAGGUGGAGUUAAUUGGGAAAGAGCAGAGACGUUGUUGGAGCGAGGACUAGUGGCUCACCAGACUAUCCGUGCUGUAUUUAUUGAUUUCAGUGUUUAUGUGGUAAUUGUGAUCUGCAUCCUCUCCCUGGCAACUCUAAUUUAGUCUCGCAAUCCAUUUUGUAAAAUUAUUUGUAUAGUGUGAUUGUAACAUUGUAACACUAACAUUUGUUGGUCUUCAUUACUUAUGGCCUUUGUAAAUAGCCUUUGGACACACACGAGGCUCGAUCUUUACUUGAGUUCUGUAUGCCUGUAAAUCUACCUGAUUUAUUUGAGAAGAGCCGGUUUCCCCCUGUUUGUAAUUCA